AACGGGUCUCGCUCAGCCUGGGUUGUUUGAAGAGCGGGGUGAGAGCGUGUGACACGCAGAAUGGGUCGCCUUACCGGUCCCUACCCCGGAGGCCAGCCCCUGUCGGCGGCUCGCGCGCAGUACCCAGGGUGGCCACCGGGGGCGCCUGCAUACGGCCGGCGCUCUGGCCCGCUCCGGCGCUCUAUGGCCCGCGUCCCCGGAAAAAGGGGACCGCUUGCGGCUCAGCGGGGUACGGACGCCAGCCAGUCCAACCCUAACCCCUCGGCGCAGUCCAAAGGUCAUGCUGCCGUGUGACCCUUGACCCGGCCAGACCACCAGCGGAACCGCUCCGCCCAGGCCGGCCUUGAACUGGGCUCCAGCUCCCCGUCCUCUCUCCUGGCUAUGCGUGGGAAGCUGCUGCCGCUGGCCGGCCUCUACCUGGUGCAGGGCCUGCCCUAUGGGCUGCAGUCUGGCCUGCUGCCCGUGCUGCUGCGAGCAGGUGGCCUCUCCCUGACCCGCGUGGGACUGGCCAAGGUUCUGUAUGUUCCCUGGCUGUUCAAGCUGGUGUGGGCCCCACUGGUGGACACGCGGGGCUCCCCCAGGGCCUGGCUGACGCUCAGCACGGCGGCUCUGGGCCUGGUGUGUGGGCUGCUGGCAGCCUUUUCUCCCGCCGAAGAUGGCCAGGCCGAGCUGCCCGUCAUGGUGGCGGCACUGCUUCUGCUGCUGAACCUGGGUGCAGCUGUGCAGGAUGUGGCCCUGGAUACACUGGCUGUGCAGCUCCUGGAGCCGGCGGAGCUGGGACCUGGCAAUACCGUGCAGGUGGUCGCUUACAAGCUGGGGUCGGUGCUGGCGGGUGGUGGGCUGCUGGUCCUUGUGCCCACCCUCUCCUGGCCCCGGCUGUUCCUGCUCUUGGCUGCCACCUACUGGCUGGCUGCUGCCCUGGCUUGGAGCGCACCCGCUCUCCAACAGCUGCCCUCUCCCAAGCCCUCGGGACAGCCCCCCCACACCCUGCAGCGUCUGCAGGACUUGGUGGCUGUAUCUGGGACCCUGUGGACCGCGGGCUUUGUGCUCACUUACAAGCUGGGUGAGCAGGGCGCUAGCAGCCUGUUCCCACUCCUCUUGUUGGACCGAGGCCUCACUGCCCCAGAGCUGGGGCUGUGGAACGGUGUGGGCGCUAUGGCCUGCUCCAUCGCUGGAUCGUCCCUGGGCGGGGCCCUGCUGGCCAGGCACUGGAAGCUGCUGCCCCUGCUGAGAUCAGUGCUUCAGUUUCGCCUUGGGGGUCUGGCCUGCCAGACCACCCUGCUCUUCUACUUGGACACCCUGGGGGCCAAGCUGGGCCCCGGCACAGUCCUGAGAGGGGCAGCUUUGCUGAGCCUGUGUCUGCAGCACUUCCUGGGGGGCCUGGUCACAACUGCCACCUUCACCUUGAUGAUGCGCUGUAGCCAGUUGGCACCGAGUGCCCUGCAGGCCACACACUACAGCCUCCUGGCCACGCUGGAGCUGCUGGGGAAGCUGCUGCUGGGCUCGCUGGCCGGAGCCCUGGCUGACAGCCUGGGGCUGCACCUCUGCUUCUCCUUCUUCCUUGCCCUCUCGGCCACACCCAUUCUGGGCCUGGGCCUGGCGCCCAGAAUCCUGGCCUGAGUUGGGCGGCUGGACUGGUCAAUAAAGCCAAACCUAAGUGUG